AUAAAUGUAUACGGUUUUAUAAAUGCAUAUAUAAAAGUAUGAAAAAUAAUAAAUAUUACAUUGAUUAAAAUAAAAAAAAUAUAAUAAUAUAUAAGUGUAUAUUUAAAUAAAUAACAUUUGAUUUUAAUAUUAUUUAUAAUAAUAUCUAAUAAAAAGUAUAAAAAUUUCGAUUUUUCAUAAAAAAAAUUUGAAAGUGAUUUUUUUAAUUUUUAUAAAUAUUAUUAUUAUUAUUAUUAUUUUAUUAUUAUCAUUUAUUUUCCUGGUAUUUUUGUUAUGUAAUAUUCUUUUAUGUAAUAUUUUAUUAAAUUUUUUGUUUUCAAGGUUUAAUUACAUUUAAGAUCACGUGAUCUAUGAAGUUAGUAAAAACACUUGUUGCAUGUUGAUUAUAAUAAAAUUAUACAUAAUAUUAAUAAAAUAAAAAAUAUGUAAUAAAAAUAUUAAUAAAAUAAUUAAUUUAUAAUAUAUAUAAUAUAUUCUUUUAUAUUUUGUUGUAAAAAUUAAUUUUGUGAUUCUAAUAAAAUUUUCAAGCAAUAAAAAUAACAUAUUGAAUAAAUAUAAUCAUUAUUAUACUUAAUGAAAUUAAUUUUUUAAUUAGAAAAUAAAAUAACCUAGAAAAAUAUUUUAAAUACAGUAUAUAAAAAAUAAAAAAAAAUAUAAAAAAUUAAUAAUAACAAUGGCAGAGACUGUAUAUAAAUAUAUGAAAAUACAAAAUAGACCAUAUAGUAUUAAUGAUUUAGUUUCAAAUCUCCAUAAUGAAUAUGGUAAAGUAGCUGUACAAAAAGCUGUAGAUAAAUUGGUAGCUGAAGGAAAAAUAUUUGAAAAAGUAUAUGGAAAACAAAAACUUUAUUGUCCAACUCAAGAUUCAUCUCUUGAUGUAGAAGAAUUAAUGAGAAUAGACAAAGAAUUACAAGCACAUGCUAAUGAAGUUGAAAGUAAGCAUCAAGAAUUAGAAAAAGAAAUUAAAGUACAAGAGGCUUUAUUGUCAUCUAUGAAGUCUUCUAUCACAAUUGAAGAAGCAAAAAAACAAAAAGUUUUAACUCAACAGAGAAUUAUAGAAUUGGAAAAUAAAUUGGAUGCAUUAAUGGAGGCAAAUGGAACUGAGGAUUUAACUGAAUCUAAAAGAAAAGCAGAAAAAGCAUUAAAUGAUUAUUCACGUGAAUAUGUAAAACGGAAACGUUUAUGUACUGAAAUUUUAGAUUGUAUAUUAGAUAAUUAUCCUGGUAGUAAAAAUGAGUUAUACGAAGAAAUAGGAAUAGAACCAAAAGUUGUUCAAUGAUAUUAAUACAUAUUUUAUUAUAUUUAUUAUAUUAGUAUAUAUAAAUUAUUUUUAACGUUAUUAAUAUUAUUUUUCUGAUAUAAAUCUUAAGUUAUGUUUGUAUUAUGUAUAUAUCCACUUAUAUUUUACACUUAUAUUUUUCAUUAAGUAACAAUAACGUUAUAAAUCAUUUCAUCAUAAAUAUAUAAUUCAUAUAUUUUUUAUUUUAAGAUAUGUUUUCAUACUGCACUUUAUAUAAAACUUUGUUCAUACAUACUCAUUUAUUAACAAAUUUGUAUUAAAUAAAAUUAUUUAUAUCAUUUAUUUGUACAUACAAAAUUAAUAUUAUUUAUAUUAUAUUUAAAUAAAUUAUUAUUGUUAUUAAAUAAAAUAAUUUUGAUAAAUAAA